AAGAUGAAAAGAAGCAUAGCUUUCUUUGCCUUAAUGACGAUUACUUGUAUUCUUGAAAUAACAUUCAAUCACGCGCAAGAUAAAAGGAUCUCUACAUCUCAUAAUGGUACAGACGACUGUCCUCAGCCUCGAGUUGGCACGUGCUCAUGUACAUAUUGCCGAGGGAAACUAUGUCAAGUUCUUUGUUCCGGCCUCGAUGCCAUGCCUAGGAAGCUUUCUUUAACCGUCACUCACUUGGAAAUAACUCAAGGAUCAAUUCAACAAGUACCAAAGGAUUACUUCCUUAAUCAUACCUCCAUGUUUGUUUUAAAAAUAGUUUGCAACCAUCUUUCUGCUAAAUUUCGACCUCCGAAGAAUGUCAGGGUUUUGUAAGUAUAA